AUGGCGAGUACUCCAGACGUGCCCCUGCAGUCGCGAAUUAUCGACGACAAGUCUCCAAAGUGUAUCCCCUUCAUCCUCGAGCGCCUCAAAGCCCACCAGGCGCAACAAUCUGCCGGCGGCAAUGAGAGCAGGCCGUUCGUGAUAGGGCUGAACGGGGUCCAGGGCGUGGGCAAGACCACCCUCGUCAAGGCCCUCGCCGAGACCCUCCAGCAGCGGGAGAUGCUGCAGACCAUCGUCGUCAGCAUAGACGACUUCUACCUGCGCCACCAGGACCAGCUGGACCUCGCCGCCGCCCACCCGGACAACGCCCUGGUGCAGUGCAGGGGCGAGCCAGGCACGCACGACACCGAGCUCAUGCGGGACGUCUUCACCUCGCUGGUCAAAGCCCAGCCCACCCACAUCCCACAGUACGACAAGUCUGCUUUCAACGGGCUGGGAGACCGCUCGCCUAAGUCAGCCUGGAUCCCAGUCAACCAGCCCGGCCAGCCCACCGUGCAGGUCGUGCUGCUCGAGGGAUGGUGUGUCGGGUUCAGGAGUAUCGCCCACGAUGUCAUCGAGGCCAAGUGGAGAGCACCUAGUCGGACGCUGCACAGCCACAAGCUCGAGGACCUGUUCUUUGUCAACGAUCAGCUGAAGGGGUACGACAUUGUGACUGACCUGUUCGAUGCGUUCAUUCAUAUCGAUGCCGAGAACACGGAGUAUGUCUAUGACUGGAGACUGCAACAGGAACGGCAACUGAGGCAGGAGAAGGGGUCUGGCAUGACGGAUGAGCAGGUGGUCAAGUUCGUGGACGCCUAUUAUCCGGCAUAUGAGCUGUUUUCGGACGCGGUCAGGAAAGGAAUAUUUGUGGACCGCAAGGGCUGUCAGUUGCAGCUGACCGUAGGUAAGGACAGGAGUGUCAUCGACAAGUUGGUCAUCUAG